UAGCAUGGGAAGCUGUUUGUGUGUGUGUGUGUGUGUGUGUGUGUGUGUGUGUGUGUGUGUCAGCUGCUCCAAUCUGAAGAUGGCAACUCCAAAGAAAGUGUGUAUUGUCGGCUCAGGAAACUGGGGUUCUGCCAUCGCUAAAAUCGUGGGGCAGAACGCAGGACGAAACAUGAAGUUUGACUCUGCAGUGAAGAUGUGGGUGUUUGAGGAGAUGGUGGAUGGCAGGAAACUCACAGACAUCAUUAACACACAACAUGAAAAUGUGAAAUACCUGCCAGGACGCAGACUGCCGGAGAACGUGGUUGCAGUAGCGGAUCUGGUUGAGGCUGUCAGUGGUGCAGAUGUUUUGCUCUUUGUGAUCCCUCAUCAGUUUAUCAGCCAAGUGUGUGACACAAUGAAAGGAAAGAUUAAACAAGACGCUCUUGGAAUGUCACUUAUCAAAGGGGUGGAUGAGGGUCCUGAUGGGCUAAAGCUGAUCUCGGAGGUCAUUCGUGAGAAGCUAGGCAUUAGCAUGAGCGUGCUAAUGGGUGCAAACAUCGCUAAUGAAGUGGCAGACGAGAAAUUCUGUGAGACCACCAUCGGCUCAAAAGACAAAUCCCAUGGAGCUCUGCUGAAGGAACUGAUGCAGACGGAUCAUUUCCGGGUCACCGUAGUGGAGGAGGCCGAAGUUGUGGAGAUAUGUGGAGCUCUAAAGAACAUUGUGGCGGUGGGCGCAGGAUUCUGUGACGGCUUGAGUUUUGGAGACAACACGAAGGCGGCUGUGAUCAGACUUGGCCUGAUGGAGAUGAUCGCCUUCGCGAGACUUUUCUGCUCCGCCGGCUCUGUUUCCCCGGAAACCUUCCUGGAGAGCUGCGGCGUUGCCGAUCUCAUCACGACGUGCUACGGGGGACGCAACCGGCGAGUGGCUGAGGCGUUCGCCAAGAGCGGGAGGUCUCUGGAGGACCUGGAGAAGGAGAUGUUGAACGGUCAGAAGCUGCAGGGUCCUGCUACAGCUGCUGAGGUCCAUGUUAUCCUGAAGAACAGAAACCUACUGGACAAAUUCCCAUUGUUUAGUGCAGUGUAUGAGAUCUGCUAUGAGGGUCGUCCUGUUACAGACUUCAUCAGCCUGCUACAGAAUCACCCAGCUCAUCUGUGACAGACAUCACUCUGUGUGUGUGUGUGUGUGUGUGUGUGUGUGUGUGUGUGUGUGUGUGUGUGUGUGUGUGUGUGUGUGUGUAUACUACUGCACUGCUGAUUCUGCUAUUUGUGGAGCACAUGUUCUGUAAUAAAUGAUAAUACUGUAUAUUUUAUAUACAUAUAAACACGUCUUAAUGUUA